UCCCUCCCCUCCCUGGGCGGGGCAACUGAGGGCGUCUCCAGCGGGGCCGCGCUGUCCAUCCCCGGCGCUGGAGAUGGCGGAGGUGCGGAGAUUCACCAAGCGGCUCAGCAAACCCGGCACGGCCGCCGAGCUCCGGCAGAGCGCAUCCGAGGCUGUCCGUCACUCGCUGCCGACGGAGAAAGCUAAGAUCGUGGAGCCGUUGGAUUAUGAGAAUGUAAUUGAGCAGAAGAGAUCCCAGAUCCAAGGCGACAGCUUGCGGGAUCUUCUGCAGUUCCCCGUGGACGAGGUCUCGAUCGCUACGGUUCCACACCACAGACGGACAGUGUGCUCCGCGCUGCCUCCUGAUGCCGAGGCACAGGCUCAUGGCCUGUUGGUCAAAGAGUGCAUCAGAACCUACAACUCCGACUGGCUUGUGGUCAACUACAAAUAUGAAGCUUAUGGUGGGGAUUUCCGGUCAUUGCCCAGCAAAGUACAUCAGCUGGAGAAGCUGCCAGUGCAACUGUUUGAAGUUGAUGAAGACGCAGAUGAGGACGCUGCAUCGCUGUGCUCACAGAAAGGAGGCAACGUCAUGGAAGGGUGGCUCUAUAAAGCCCACAUGAACAACGCCAUGAGUGUAACCAUCCGGGUUUUCAAGAGAAGAUUCUGUUACCUCACCCAACUUCCCGAUGGCUCCUACAGUCUCUGUUUCUGCAAAGACGAGAAGAGUUUCAAGGAGUCUAAAGGAUCGAUAUUUUUGGAUUCUUGCAUUGAUGUUGUUCAGUGCUCCAAGAUGCGGCGUUACGGCUUUGAGCUCCGAAUGCAGGAGAAGUGCAGCUGUCACUUGGCUGCGGAGAGUGAGCAGGAGAUGGACGAGUGGAUAACGACUCUGCGGGAAGUCAUCCAGAGCAACUUUGACGGUUCCAUGUCAGAGAGGAGGAACGGCGACUUGUCAGAGACGGGAAUCGACGAAGACUCGUUGAGCCAGGGCAAAUCUGAAAACAUGAUGGAGAGUCUGGAGAAGAGUAUGCACCCUGAGUUAAUGAAGUAUGCCCGUGAAUCAGAUUACCACAACAAACUCAGCCGCAACGAAGGCAGAUGUAAACUCUUUGCGAUGGAUGCGGAGGCACAGAAACUGGAUUUUUCGGGCAUUGAACCAGAGGUGAGGCCAUUGGAGGAAAAGUUUGGCAAGCGCUUUCUGGUCAAAUGCCACAACUUGAGUUUCGCUCUGCAAGGCCUGGUCAGUGAGCAGGGAGAUGGAACGAUGACCAACCUGGAGCCCUUCUUCGUCACGCUGGCCCUCUUCGACACAAACAAAAACUGCAAGAUCUCCGCGGAUUUCCAGGUGGACCUCAACCCGCCAGCUGUGCGGCAGAUGUUGCAGGACGGAGCGGAGGAAGGGGCGGUGAACGGGACGGCCGGCGAGAGUCCUGGCAGACGGGCAAGGGUGGUGGACGAGGCGCUGCUCCGCUACCCUAGAGAGGGAUUAUUCUCCGUAACUGCCCCACACCCAGAUAUCUACCUGGUGGCCCGUGUGGAGAAGGUGCUGCAGGGCGGGAUCGCGCAGUGUGUCGAGCCGUACAUUAAAGGUUCUGACACCAGCAAGACGGUGCAGAAGGUCCUGAAAGCUGCAAAGCAGAUCUGUAGCAGGCUGGGCGGGUACAGGAUGGCCUUCGCCUGGGCUGCAAGACCAGUGUUUAAAGACUCUGAAGGCACUUUGGACACAAGUGGGAAGUUCUCACCACUUUACAAGCAAGAUAGCAGCAAGUUGUCUACUGAAGACUUACUCAAAAUGCUGGCAGACUUCAAAAAGGCAGAGAAAAUAUCCAAGCUGCAGGUGAUUCCCGGAAACUUUGAGGUCACCAUCGAGCCUGUUUCUCCCGACAUUCCCAAUUGUGUGACUUCAUCCUACAUUCCCGUGAAGCCUUUUGCAGAAGCCGGCUGCGAUCAUGUCACCUUUGAAGUUGAGGAGUUUGUGGCCGACAUCGCCAAGUAUAUGUAUCCCUUCACCACCUUCAAGAACCACAUGUAUGUUUAUCCCAUUCAGCUGAAAUAUGACAACCAGAAAACCUUUGCAAAGGCAAGGAACAUUGCAGUCUGUGUGGAGGUGAGGGAUUCUGAUGCAGAUAAGACAUCCCCAUUGAAGUGUAUCUAUGGGAAGCCGGGAGAUCCAAUAUUCACCACCAGAACCUGUGCAACGGUAUUGCAUCAUCAGCAGAGUCCAGAGUUUUACAACGAGAUCAAGGUGGAGCUGCCUGUUCAUCUCCACGAGAAGCACCACCUCUUGUUCACCUUCUACCAUGUCAGCUGUGACAUCAACAGCAAGGGCACGACAAAGAAGCGGGAGGCCGUGGAGUCGCAGGUUGGGUUUGCUUGGCUGCCGCUGCUGAGGGAUGGCCGUGUGGUGACGUCGGAGCAGCAGCUAGCGAUAUCGACCAACCUUCCUCCAGGAUACCUGGGCCAGCACACUGCUGACAGCAAGAAGCAUGCAGCUCCAGACAUUAAGUGGGUCGAUGGAGGAAAGCCUUUGCUGAAAGUGAGAAACCUCUUGGUGUCCACCAUCUACACGGAGGACCAGUACCUGCACAAUUUCUUCCACCAUUGCCAGAUGAACCAGUCACCAGGGCAGGAGAUGACAGCGGACCUUGUCAAACACUUGAAGUGUUUGCACGCCAUGGAGAUGUGUGUGAUGGUCAACUUCCUGCCAACCAUCUUGAAUCAGCUACUCCAGAUCCUCUCCAGGACCAGCCAGAGCGAGGUGGCUGUCAAUUCCAUCAGAGUAAUGAUACACAUGGUAUCGAAGUGUCACGAGGAGGGCUUGGACCACCUUCUGCGAUCUUAUAUAAAGUAUGUUUUCAGAACGGACCAGUGCGUGCCGCUGGGUGACAGGACCACGCACGAAGAGCUGGCAAAAUCCAUCAACAUCAUCCUCAAGCAAUCGGCCGACAUCCUCACCAUCAACAAGCUGCUGAAGCAUUCGUGGUUUUUCUUUGACCUGUUGAACAAGUCGAUGGUGUUGCAUUUGAUCGCGAAGAACGGUAUGAAGGUGUCCAGGACGCAGAGAUUCCCAACGGGAUACCGCCACGCCGUCCAAUCACUGCUCCUGGCCAUCAUUCCGCACGUCAGCCUCCGGUGCGGGGAGAUUCCUGACGAAGCGCGGAGUGUCAACAUCAGCUGGGCUCACUUCAUGAAGCGGUGCCUGACGUUGAUGGACAGAGGGUUCAUCUUCAACCUGAUCAACGACUACCUCAGCUGCUUCUCUUCCAAGGACACAAAGGUCCUUGCCGAGUACCGGCUAGACUUCCUCCAGACGGUGUGUCAGCACGAGCACUUUGUGCCGCUCAACCUGCCCAUGUCCUUCACCAAGGCCAGGCUGCUGCGGACCCAAGACCUGCAGCUGGACUCCACCCUGAGCGAUGACUUUUGCCGGCACCACUUCCUGGUGGGUCUGGCGCUGCGGGAGCUGGGCCUCUCCCUCGCCGAGCCCCAGGACAUCCGGCACACCGCCAUCGCCAACAUCAAGGGCCUGAUGAUGAAGCACGCCUUCGACGGACGCUAUCCAAACAAGGGCCAGCAGGCACGGAUCGCACUGCUCUAUCUGCCGCUGCUGAAGGUGCUGUUUGACAAUGUGCAGCGGCUCAAACUCAAGGACCUGACUUCCCUCAGCCUGACCUUCUCUAACGCCCAGAGUGUUCGAGAUGAGCUGCCCUUCAAUAUCUCGUCAACAAUCAACGGGUCCACUGCCCGCAGAUCGGCCAUCUUCACCGACAAAGAGUUAACAUCCGCAGGUUACGUUACCUCGUUGGGAUUGCUGCUGAAACAUGAUGAUUCCCGCAGCUCCCUGAGCACAGAGACGGGCGCGGGCACGCCGGAGAGAGCCGAGGAUCGCCGCGAUUCCGUGGACUUUACUGGACAAAGGAGAGCAUCAGCAGGGGGCGGGGCACCCACUUAUUGCAAGUUCAGUCAACAGGAAGUCAGAAGUCUCCUCAUGUGUUUCCUUCACAUCAUUAAAACAAUGUCAGAAGGUAGGUGUGUCCUUCUGCGGAGAUCGCCCUCUCCAACCGCAUGCCCCGGAGUAACGGUAGAUCAGUUGUUUCCUAAAGGUUGUGCAGCUUUCAAAGCCAUCACUCCCAACAUCGAGGAGGAAGCAGCGAUGAAAGAGGAUGCGGGGAUGCAAGAUGUCCAUUACACCGAGGACGUGCUGGUGGAGUUACUGGAGCAGUGCGUGGACGGGCUGUGGAACGCUGAGCGUUACGAGCUGAUGGCCGUCAUCUACAAGCUCAUCAUCCCCAUCUACGAGAGGCGCAGGGACUUUGAGAAGCUGGCCUUCGUGUACAACACCUUGAACGAAGCUUACAAGAAGAUAAUUCAGGUCGGCCGCACGGGCCGCCGGCUGUUGGGCACGUUUUUCCGCGUGGCCUUCUAUGGGCAGGCCUUCUUUGAAGAGGAGGAUGGCAAGGAGUACAUCUACAAGGAGCCCAAGCUGACAAAACUGCCCGAGAUCUCGGAGAGACUCCUCAAACUGUACGGUGAUAAGUUUGGAGCGGAGAACGUGAAAAUCAUUCAGGAUUCCAACAAGGUGAACACAAAGAGCCUGGACCAGAAGUUUGCCUACAUUCAGGUGACGUUUGUGGAGCCGUACUUCGAUGAGAAAGAGCUGCAGGAGCGGACCACCCCCUUUGAGAGGAACCACAAUGUGGCGCGGUUUGUCUUUGAAACUCCGUACACGGUGUCCGGGAAGAAGCAAGGAGGCGUGGAGGAACAAUGCAAGCGGAGAACCAUUCUCACCACCUCGCACUCCUUCCCGUACGUGAAGAAGCGCAUCGCGGUCGGACGUGAACAGCAGAUCGAUCUGAAGCCCAUUGACGUGGCCCUCGAUGAGAUGAAGGACCCGGACAAGCGGAGCUUCAGAAGCUGUGGUGAUUCCAAUAGCCUCGACAUGAUCCAACUGCAGCUCAAACUGCAAGGCUGCGUCUCCGUGCAAGUCAACGCCGGCCCGCUGGCCUACGCCAGAGCCUUCCUGGACGGUGGCAAGUCGGCCAAGCUCCCCGCCAAGAAAGUCAAACUACUGAAGGAAACGUUCAGGGAAUUUGUGACGGCCUGCAGCCUGGCCCUGGAUUUGAACGAGCGGCUGAUUAAAGAGGACCAGCUGGAGUAUCACGAAGGGUUGAAGUCCAACUUUAAAGACAUGGUGAAGGAACUAUCGGAAAUCACUCAUGAGCAGAUGUUGGCAGAAGAUGAGCUGGUGAAAUCGCAGCUGAGGAACUCGCUGCACGUUUUCAGUGCCAUCAGCGGAACGUACCGUGGCACGUCUACCUUCCCGUCCGCUCCCUGACGCCCGGCGAUCGGAGACAACCCUGCCCCUGCUGCUCAUGGCCAGGUCGUGGUGGGUUACUGGGGGUCAGCGUUGGAUUGGGGCGAGGGACAUCGCCGGGCAAGCCAUUGGAUACCUACUGCCAUGGGCAUCCAGUGCCCUGAUCAGUCAAAGAGGCCGGUGACAAUGCGGAUAUGGAACGGAGCACUCUACUCUCCACACAAGGCUCCAGCCUUGCCCGACAGCGCAAUGCCCUGCACUCCAGCCUGAUCAGCCCAACAUCCUCAGCACCAUGCUUUUGCAACCUGUUAUUGACCCACAAACAGAGCGCUGAAACCUUGCUAGACAGUGGCCGCACCUUGUCCAGGUGUACAGUAUAAAACAGAACCAGUAUCUCCUCCAAAUGUCCCAUUCUCAUCUCAGACUGCUGUGUAUGUAAUUUGUAACUACACAUAACAGGCAAUUGUGUGUAAAAAUACCUUCAAUAUAUUCAUUGUUUUAUAUAUU